GUGAUACGGUCGUUAGGAUGUUUGCUUUUAAUAUGUGCCGGUGUUUUUGUGUAAUGUUUGCGUUUGUGAUCGCGUGUGCACAUGCGAGACCGAAAAUUAACCCCGUUUUCAGUCCCGUGUACGAACCGGGAUACGAAUACUAUGAUGAUCACCCUCGAUAUGCAUUCAACUACGGAGUGGCCGAUCAUACGACUGGUGACAUCAAAUCUCAGCACGAAACGCGAGACGGCGGAGUCGUUAAAGGUCAAUAUUCUUUAGUAGAGCCCGAUGGUUCUAUACGCACUGUGGAUUAUACGGCGGAUCCUGUUCACGGAUUUAACGCAGUUGUAUCAAAAGUAGGACCCAGUGUACACCCACAACCAAAAGUACAUCGCCCCGUCCAACCCAAUGUUGUACAAUACGUUCCAAAACCUGUGCCUGUACCUGUUCAAAUACCGAGUCAUUACGUGCCACAACAAAUCUAUGCAUCGCCGACACCUUUCUUGUAUUCCAAGGUUGGUGGCCAAUUUCCAGAGUACGACGGCUUCGAACUAGAUGGACCUUCCAACCACUUUUACAAACGCUGAAAUUUUAUUGUGAUAAUACUUUUGUAGCUUAUAAGAAUGUAUAUGUGAUAUAAAAAUAAAUAUA